CUGGAGUGAUGUUUACUAACAUGGGAGGAGCCGGGCUCAGUCAGAAGCCGGGCGGGUUUCGCUUUGCAGGCGGGUGAGAGACGGCGCUGCGCGGGGAUAUGGCUCGGGGACUCUUCCACCUACUCCUCAUCGUUUUUUUAGUUAUGGAAACAUGCUGCAAAAAUGAUACAGAAGUUCCCAUACACAUAGCACAUAAUAAAUCUAUUACAAGGAAGAGGAACAUUGGUAAGAGAGAAAUUAACUGUACGGAGAAGGAGUACAGUUUAAAUGGUCAAUGCUGCAUGAAAUGCGGACAUGGUCAUGUCAAAAGUGUUGAGUGCCCAAAAACUGCAGCACAAUGUGUACCAUGUAAAUCUGGAGAGGAGUACAUGGACCAUAUCAAUGUUUUGGACAAAUGUAUGAGAUGUCGAUCAUGUGACAUAGAACUUGGUUUGGUGGUUGUAAAGAACUGUACCCCAACAGAGAACGCAGAAUGCUCCUGUGCAAAGAACCAUUAUUGCAGUUCUCCUCAAUGCGAACACUGUGAGUCAUGUACCAUAUGCGAAAAGGGCCUAGUUGAAAAGGAAUGUACUUCAACUUCAGACACUGUGUGCAGAACACAAGAAGCAGGAAUGCCACCUUGGGGCACUGCAAUUAUUGUCAUAUUUGUGAUAGUAUCAGGAGUUGCACUAGGAUUAAAAUUCUACCGCAAGAAAAAACAGAAGAAUUUUAUUACCCAACGUUACACAGUUGAAGCAGUCACUGGAAAAGACUGUUCUGGUGAGACUUCAACACUCAUAUGCAUAGAUGAUGACCUGAGCCGCCAUGUCCCUGACAUUGUGAAGGAGAUGACACUAGAUGAAGUCAAGGCAUUUGUUCGUCAUCACAAACUAUCGGAACCUACCAUAGAUGAAAUUAUCCGGGAUUACUGCUAUGACACAUCUGAACAAAAGAUUAAGCUCUUUCAGAAAUGGUACCAAAGGCAUGGGAUAAGAGGAGCCUACAUAACCCUAAUAAGCAGCCUGAGAGAUUUAAAAAUGCGUGCGGUAGCUGAUAAGAUUGAGCAAAAACUGAAGGUAGCUGUUUCCAGCCACCAGGAAAGUAGAGAGUCUCACAAUGAUAAAACUGAGCAAAGCAAUACGUGCAGUCAGGAAGUUGGAAAAUCUUACCACGAUAACGCUGAAAUAAGUAAUACCUACCCUGAGAGUUUGGAAGAGACAUAGCAUAGAACCAUAUGAAAAUUGUUUCUGACUGAAUUAGUAUUUUUAUUAAUAGUACAAAUAGCAAAGCUUCUAAAAGCCAUUUUGUUGGCAGCUCAGGGAGUUUUUCAGAGUACUUACAACACAAGCGAGGAAUAGUUAGGAUUUCUGUAGAGGUAUGUUUCCUUAAAAAAGAAAGUCUUAGCUGUUUAUUUUGAUUGUUCAAAACAGGACAGACUUAUGGCUUAUUAAACACAAUAAUGGAAGACUUCAGCUACAGGACUUGUUACAAAAAGAACAAAGCAUUCACUGGCAGAAAGAUUUAACUCAAAUGUGGUAGUCUUGAGUAUUGACUCAAUGUAGUGUUAAUAAUUAUGGGAUGUUACAUUUUUCAAAAUGAAAACUCUGGUGUUAAAAUUUAUGAAAUACACCAGGAAGAAUGCUUCAACAACACCACAAUAAUAAACUUUGUAUAAUAUACACCUAAUUAGUUCUAAAUAAGUAUCUUAAUCAUAGAAUGGCCUGGGUUGGAGGGGACAUUUAAAUAUCACCUGCCAGGCUGCUAACCCCUAGAUCAGGCUGCUCAGGGCCCCACUGAACCUUGUGGCAGCACCUCCAGGCAUUGGGCCAUCCACAGCUUAUUUGGACCACUUGUUCCAGUGCCUCAUCACCCUUUGAGUAAAAGAUUUCCUCCUAACAUCUAACCUAAAUCUCCUCUCUUCAGGUUUAAAACUGUUCCCCCUUGUCCUGUCACUAUCUGCCUCUGUAAAAACUCAGUCUCACUUCUGUUUAUGACCUUCCUUUAAGUACUGAAAGGCUGCAGUGGGGUUUCCCAUAGCCUUCCUUUCUCAAAAUGAAACAAGUCCAGCUCCCUCAGACUAUCUCCACAGCUGAGGUACCAUCUUCCUUCUGGAUCCACUCCAAUGGCUCCAUGUUCUUCCUGUGAUGGGAACCCCAGGCCUGGAUACAGUACUCCAGAUGGGGCCCUCACAUCCUUGCCCUCAGCAAAGAGGGGGACAACCACCUUCCUCUCCCCACUGCCACCCUUCUUUUAAUGCAGCCCAGAAUACUGUUGGCCUAUGAGCUGCAAGCAUCCACUAUUGGCUCAUGUCCAAUUUUUCAUCCACUAGGAACCCCAAAUCCUCAGCCAGUCUGCUCUCAAGGAGUUCUUCUCCCAGUCUGUAACUAGUAUCUGAGACUACCCUGAUGCAAGUGCAACACCUUGCACUUGUCCUCAUUGAACCUCGUUAUGCUCACGCAGACCUACUUUUCAAGCCUGUUCAGGUCCCUCUUUUCUAUUGUGUCAGCAGCACCACUCAGCUUGGUGUCAUCAACAACCUUGCCGAGGGCGCACUCAAUCCCAUCAUAAUUAAUAAAGGCGUUAAAGAGCACUGGUCCCAAAAUGAAAUCCUGGGGGAUGUCACUUGUGACAGGCCUCCACCUAGACAUAGAGCAACUGACCACAACCCUCUGGUUGUGACCACCCAACUAACUCUUCAUCCUCCUAAUAGUUUACCCUUCAAAUUAAUUUGCCUCCAAUUUAGAGAUAAGGAUGUGGUGUGGGAAAGCACCUAUAGUUUUGAAUGCCUAUAUUUAUCUGAAUGUAUAGAUGCGUUUUUUUGUCAGAGCCCUCAGUAUUAAGGAAGAAUGUUAUUUCCUAUAUUCUCUGCACUGACAGCAAAACUAUUUUCAUGUUAAAAAAAAACAAACACACCACAAACCUUUAAAGAAUCAGAAAUGAGGGAUAGAGUGGCACAACAAAGCCAUCACUAUUUGAAGGCAAUCUGCACAAAAUGUGAAGUCUCCAAAUCCAGUUGUGUAACAGUCAGCACCAUGUUUUUUAUGAAGGAACUGAUACAAUAAAAAUUUCAUCAUGAUGAAUUAAAAAAAAAUAUUUCUAUGUA